UAAACAAAUUUAGGUUCCGGAGAUACACAGUUUUGGUCAAAAUAAUAAAAUAGAAUUUACAUAAACUUUUUAAAAUCAUUGACAAUAUGCUUAAAUUUAUACAAAAGAUUUUCUCAUUUAUAUCUAAUAAUAUUGGCCGUAACAUAACAUGGUGAAGAACGCAUCCAUAAAAUUUAUAUUUCGAAUGUAUUUGAAUUUAGAACGCCCUCUGGUGGGUGAACCAAGAUAUUUUCGCUGAAAGAAGCCUGUGAAAGAAUCCUCUGGAAAGUAGGCAAUACUCAAUAGGCAUUGAAUCUGGUUAUCAAAAUCUUUACGUGAGAAUUUGUUCGUAACCCGAAGGAAAAACUAAAAGCAGACAAGAUGUGCGAUCGCAAAGCAGUGAUCAAGAAUGCGGACAUGAGCGAGGAGAUGCAGCAGGAUGCUGUUGACUGUGCCACUCAGGCACUUGAGAAGUUCAACAUUGAAAAGGACAUUGCUGCAUUUAUUAAGAAGGAGUUUGACAAGAAGUAUAAUCCGACAUGGCACUGCAUCGUAGGCCGUAAUUUCGGCUCGUAUGUGACCCACGAGACUCGCCACUUCAUCUACUUCUACCUCGGCCAAGUCGCAAUCCUGCUGUUCAAGAGCGGUUAGACAGUGUCGUGCACUCUCAAUAUUUUUUUGUUAACAGCAGACGCAUUAUUAUCGGGUUCAGUAACUUCUGUCGCCGCCCGUGCAGCUCCUCGGCGCCGGUCACAUUCCCAGUAGGUGCACAGCCUAGCCCCGGCCCGAGUCAGCCUGCGGCCGACGACAGAGCUCUCAAAUUGUAUUUAUGGAGCGUGAGGUCCUCUUGAGUGUAUGCGUGAGUGAGUGAGUGUUUGACACGAGCCUCUACACUGUCGAUAUUUAUUCACGAUGCUGGACAUUAGCUGCGUCGACUGUCUUCACUUCUUAGUCCCCGGCGCACUUGAUGUAUGUUUGUACUGUGUUAGCUAUACUUAAGGAUCAAUAUUGACUUUAUGAAACAUUCACUUCUAGUGUAUUUAUAUUAAAGAAAAUUUUAGUUAAUUAUUCCUAGACUUAUACCUAGUAUAGUGUAAAAGUCAUAAUUAUGUUAGUACCUAACUAAAUUUAUUGUUUAAUUUCUUUGUUAAUACAUUCACUGGAGAUAUUUUCAAAUACUUCUAUGAUUAUUAAACUUUCUUACAAACCGUA